GGGUUGUAUAUAGUCGCUGGAAAAGUCGACUGCCCUUUCUUUAAUUUUCUUUUUCAAUAAAAUUUAAUUCUAUCGAAUCAAUUCUGUAAAUUCUGUAAAUGUGAAAACGUUUUGCGACGAUAUCCCAUCAAAGCAGUGAUGCAUUUUCAUGUUACAUGCAUUAAGCAUCGAACAUUGUAAAAAAGCAGAAAUUUGUAAAUUUCUGUGAAAAUUUGGAAAAUCGAUUUCUUUGCCCGUCGUCGCGUCCAUUGAGCUUUAUCGACAAUAAACGAAAUCAAAAAUUGCUUCAGUCGGUGCUAUAUAAAUACGAAAUGAAAAAUUGCAUUCGAUGUUAUUUUCUAACCGUAAAAUUGUUUGCUCAUUAAAUUUGAAAAAAAAAAACUGAAUUCAAUUUGUAUGGAUGGAUACGUGUAUUAGUCGUGUAUAAUAACUAACAGUAUUGAUCAACAUUAUGUCGAAAGUAAUUAACGAUUAUCGAAUAAGAAAAAUCGAAAACAUUGGCAAAAUGACUCAAAUGACGCAAGAUGAAAUCGUCAGCAAUACAAAGACGGUGUUACAAGGCUUGGAAGCGUUACGUGUCGAGCAUGUGUCUCUCAUCAAUGGCCUGGGAACCGGCAAAAAUGAACGAUCCGACAUCGUGCAGAAAAACAUCGAAAGCAUUGAGCUCGGUCUGGGCGAAGCCCAAGUGAUGAUGGCUCUGGCUUCCCAUUUGCAGAACGUUGAGGCCGAGAAGCAAAAAUUGCGUACGCAAGUACGUCGUCUCUGUCAAGAAAAUGCAUGGCUGCGAGACGAACUGGCCAGCACGCAACAGAAACUGCAGGCAUCGGAACAGAUGGUGGCACAGUUGGAAGAGGAAAAGAAGCAUUUGGAAUUCAUGGCAUCGGUACGGAAAUAUGAUGAUAAUCAGGAACAGGAUGAGGCAAACGAUAAGUCGCGAUCGGAUCCAGUUGUUGAAUUGUUCCCAGAUGAAGAACAUGAAGAUCGAAAUCAGCUGUCGUCACCGACACCGCCCAGUCAAAUAGCGUACCAGGCGAGUGCUGGAUAUGAAAUUCCUGCUCGUUUGCGAACCCUACACAAUUUGGUCAUUCAGUAUGCAUCGCAAGGAAGGUACGAGGUCGCAGUUCCCCUUUGCAAACAGGCUCUGGAGGAUUUAGAGAAAACCAGUGGUCACGAUCAUCCGGACGUUGCAACAAUGCUUAACAUUUUGGCUUUAGUUUAUCGUGAUCAGAAUAAAUACAAAGAAGCGGCAAAUCUACUAAACGAUGCACUGGCUAUACGGGAAAAGACACUGGGCGAAAAUCAUCCUGCUGUUGCCGCCACUUUAAACAAUCUGGCUGUUCUUUUCGGUAAACGUGGCAAAUACAAAGACGCUGAACCCCUAUGCAAACGUGCGCUCGAAAUUCGUGAACAGGUUCUCGGCCGCGAUCAUCCAGACGUUGCAAAGCAACUGAACAAUCUAGCUCUCUUGUGUCAAAAUCAGUCAAAGUACGACGAGGUCGAAUUGUAUUAUCAGCGUGCACUGGAAAUCUACGAGAUAAAAUUGGGUCCGGACGAUCCGAACGUCGCAAAGACAAAGAACAAUUUGGCCAGCUGUUUCCUGAAGCAGGGCAAAUACAAAGAAGCUGAAGUCUUGUACAAGCAAGUGUUGACGCGCGCGCACGAACGCGAAUUCGGUACGAUAGACGGUGAUAACAAGCCAAUUUGGCAGGUGGCCGAGGAACGCGAAGAGAAUAAGGAUAAAAAUCGUGAAUGUGCUCCGUAUGGUGAAUACGGCGGUUGGCACAAAGCGGCCAAAGUCGAUUCGCCGACGGUGACGACAACGCUGAAGAAUCUGGGAGCACUGUAUCGACGACAGGGAAUGUACGAAGCGGCCGAAACGCUGGAAGAUUGUGCAUUGCGUAGCAAGAAAGAGGCAUUGGAUUUAGUUAAACAGCCGAAAGUGGGCAAAUUUCCCGGCGGUGGCACUCCGGACAAUGACAAACGUCGUUCGCGACACAUUCGCGGUCCGUCGGGUGAAACGGCCGAUGGGGCCGAUGAGUUUCAGCAAAGCCGACAUUCAUCACAUCCCUAGGCGAAAAUCUACUGUUCGGUUUAUUUAAGAAAUGAGAAAUGAGAGAGAAAGAAAAUUUAAAAAAUUUAAAAUUAAUCUCGGUGAAUGAAAUGUGAAUUAUUUCGUUUUACAACAUUUCAAAGGAUUUUUCUAGCUUUUAAUAAAAACUCUUUUUUUUUGUUAGUUUGUAAGGCACAUCACACAGACCACUAAAUAAUAUUUUUUUUUCGAUACGACCGGAGAAGCGUUUCUCUUCAAUUAACGCUUGUAUGGCUUUCAGUAUUUCAGUAUCGCGGAGAAUUCUGUUCAUCGGUUGACCCAGUGUGUGAUACCAGUUAAUUCGCUCUGAAAUCGUUAAACAAAAAAAAAAUAUUACGAAUUUUCCUCUGAUUGGUAUCUGUCGCUGUGUUUACGGGUAUGUCUGUACGCUUCUCUUGUCGUUUUGCUAUAUUUUGUAAAAUUAUACCAACUGAAUGCAAUAAAAGCUUCAACUUGUAGCAGAAA